AAAAGGCACAAAAAAUUGGCCUAGAUUUCCAUAAUUUAUCUUGGUACUUUGAUCUAAGAAAGUUUGGUUAUGCUCCCAGUGCCGGCUUUGGUUUAGGCUUGGAAAGGCUACUAAUGUUCCUCGGUGCAGCAGAAAAUAUUCGGGAUGUAAUUCCUUUUCCUCGUUAUCCACAACAUUUAGAGGGUUAA